ACAGGAUUCUUGCUCGUGCCGUAAAUAAUUACAAAGAAUGUCUGCAACGAGGAUCGGCUUGCCAAGGCGCCGUUCAAUCCUGUGCUAGAUCAAUGAUCUGAAUGGUGUCAUUGAUGGGCUGAGAUCGAACUCAUCGCUCAACUAUACCCAAAGAAUACUUCGAAGACGGCACUGCGAUGGCACGCCGCUGAAAUUGCGAACAGGUUUCCGAUCCUCAUGCACAUGGCUUGCUCAUGGCGGCGUUUCAAACAUUUUGCAAGUCACCACAUUGCAUGAUUGCAUCCACAUCUGCUACUUCCGAAUCGAUCUUAUCGAUAUAUUCCCGGAUGCACCGUCCUUUUGUACCUGAAUUCAUGCUGAAACCACUUACGAUAAACCAGAUAUCAUUUCUCUCACUUACUAAGGUUAAGCGCUGGAUGGUGUGGUAUAUCAAGCACGAAUGCGAUCGUUUUACGUCCACCAAGCUUCCCCGCUCGCUCGCUCCCAUCCUCUGACAGUAUGACUGUAGUCUCGAACGAUCCAAGUUACUGGCCAACCAUCGAUUCGACAAUUUUUUACAGCUAUUUCGUAGGUCCGUGGAGAGCCAGCCACAUGAUGACCGUGAUGACUCGAUUGACAUUGGCUGCCCGGGCUUCACAGUUACAAUCAUGUGCUGCGGUAAUAUACGAUUGGGGACUUACGUUCGGACAAGAGGUGGAGCUGAUCUGGAGGCAACGGUGGUCCAUGAUGACCGUUUUGUAUCUCAUUGCACGAUAUAUUGCAAUAGCAUUCUCUGUGAUCAACAUGUUGAUCAGUCUUCCAACGGUUUCGAAGACCGGUACAGUGAGCCUUAUUAUGAUUGACGCAAUUAAUUGGAUGAGUGACUUCAUACAUAUAAUACUCGGUGUCAUUGCGAUCGCUCGGCUGCAUGCCAUGUAUCAGGGAUCCAGAAAGAUGCUGACAUUUCUUAUUGUUAUCUUUCUGGCCAUCAGAAUCCCUGUCGAAGUGAUGAGCGCAAUGAUGACGGCGCAGAUUUCAGGGGAGGAAUACAUCCUUUCCGGCAUCUAUAGGUGCAGAAUUAGCUAUCCGGACAAUUCUAUAUUCCUGGGUUCUAUGACUUGGAUACUUGGCACUGUGUGGGAGGUCCUUUCACUGUGUCUCGCGGUCUGGAUUGCUGUGAAGCACUUCCGUGAACUACGAAGACGCUCAAACGGGAGGCAUUAUGGGGCACUGUUUUACGGUGUUAAUGCAAACUCACGUUACUUACUUUGCAAGGUGAGCUCACAACGUAAACUUGGUUUUCCUGUUCCGCUGAAGUUUGGCGCGCGCACUAGUUUUUGGCUGUCCUCUUCCCUGCAGAUCAGUUUUUUCUCUCCGACAUUCAUAGCGCACGAAGAUUCCCAGGGCAUUCAGAUUUAUAUCUGUCUGAUUCAAAUCUUCCAGAUGGCGCAGCUGUCCUGUGCUGGGACCACGUCUUAUCCUUGGCGUUCGAGAAUACAACGCUAAGCUCGUGGACGCCUCCGAUACAGCAACCGAUAUGACUUCAAUUGCUUUCCAAGAACGUGUUUUAUGUGGAAACUAGCACUACCGUGUAGUUCGGAAGAUGCUCGAUGUGAUUUACGACUGGUAGGCUGUCUGAUACAGAGCGGUUUUUGUAUUUAGUUUUGUCGCGGAACUUACUUAAGUUAUUUAAUGUUACAAGAUAUAUUCGAAAGAGAUAUCAAUAUUAAUGUUCCUACCACUUGCAAUUGCAUAAUCCCCACGGCCCUCCGGGCAGCCCAGGACCCUUCGUAUCAUUUCACAACAAAGAAAAAAAAGAAAACAAAAAUGCACGAUCACAGUUUUUCCAUUGGUAUAAACCUAGCUGAGAUCUUUGUCGAUGUUCCACGUACGGUAUUAGGAGAGCAAGG